UCGAAACAGUCGCUGAAUAAUCUCCUUGCAGCAUGACGACGUCGCGCACGGGCCGGCGCAGCGCGAGCAGUGGCGCGCUGCACGCGUCCUUCUUGGAGCACGAGCACCUGCCGCCGAUGCCCGAGGCGGCGCCGCUCGAGAUCCGCAUCGACGAGUCGGCGGUCGUCGACGAAGCGUGGUCGUCGCCGGCGCACUCGAAGCUCACGAUCGAAGACGCGCAGCUGCUCGAGUGGGACCACGCCGCCGUGGUCGCAACUGCGGUCGGCAGCAAGGCGUCGGGUCGCCAGAGCUCCGAGUUUGGCGACGCCGAGGCCGACCUCAAGGAGGACCUCCACAUCCUCCUCGACCCGUACUACGACGUGACGACCGGUCGCAUGAAGCGCAUGUUCCGGUUCUUCUCGCCCAAAGGUCAAGAGACGGUGACGUACGACCAGUUCCACAAAGGGCUGCUCGCCCUCGGGAUUUCAUGCCCGGAGCAUGUCGACUUGAUCAAGCUCAUCAAGAAGAUCGACACGGACCAUGACGGAGCGAUUUCGCUCGAUGAGUUUAUCCACGUCGUGCAGAUGAUCAAGCUCGCGCAUCUCUUCAAGCCCGACGUGUGUGCGAAGGACGAGGCGCCGUCCGCGACCUUCCACGUGACCGACUACUCGCCCGAGACCAUCUACACGGUGUCGCGAGUCCAGAACCUCAAGAGUUUUUUCUUCUCGUCCAAGCCGAAUUGGGCCAAGGUGCGCUGGGUGCACCUCGCGGGCGUGAGCGAUCUCAACGACAUGCACCUGCGCCGCCUCGCCAUCAAGUACCAGUUCCACCCGCUCGCUCUGGAAGAUGCGCUCAAGAAGAGUGACAAAAUUCGCUCCAAGUACGAACACUACCAAGACCACACGUUCCUCGUCGUCCCCGUGCUCCGCGCGUACGACCAGACCACCGCGGAUUUUAUCGUCGACUGCGUCAAGAAGCACCAAGCAACGCUCUUUGAGAAGGACCUCGCGUUCGUCGAUGGCUGGCGCACGUCGUCGCCGCCAAACGUCGACGACCUCCAAGCCACGCUCGGGAAGCUCGAGCGCCUCCUCCGCAAGCCGCAGCAGCUCUGCGUCUUUGUCAACGCCAAGAACGACGUCGUCUCGAUCCAGGAAGACAACGACGCGGACAAAGUCGGGGGCUUCCACCUCUGGGAGUCGAUCUACGAACGCAACAUGGCCAAGAGCUACUCCAAGCUGCGCAACCACGGCCCGCAUUUCUUGACGGUCGCGAUUCUCAACGCGGUCGUGGACGAGAUUUUGCCGCUCGUCGAGGUCUUUGACGUGGUUGUGAGCGCGCUCGAGCAGCUCCAGGUCGCGCAGGGCCGCGAUUUUGAUUCGAAGCGCAUCUUUCUCGCCAAGAAGCAGCUCGUCGUUAUCGAGAAGAUCGUGCGGCCGAUGCUCGACCUCGUCGAGGGCCAGCUCCUCGACCAGGACGAGUUCCGCGAGGGCGAGGUCAAGAACUACAUGCGAGACGUCAAGGACCACCUCAAGCACAUGGCGACCGAAAUCAAAGAGUUUCAAGGCGCGCUCAACGUCGUCUUCAACGAGGACCAGCAAGCGCGCGCGAAGGCGCAGGCCGACAUUCAGUUUACCAUGUCGAUCGUGGCGGCGGUUUUUCUGCCCGCGACGUUCCUCACAGGUCUCUACGGCAUGAAUUUCGACAACAUGCCUGAACUGCACACGGAGAACGGGUACUUUGUUUGGUGGGGCAUCCUCGGCACAAUCUCGCUCGGGAUUGUUUCCUACUUCAAGUUUUACAAAGAGUGGAUCUAAUAGACCACGUACACAUGACUUGUGUGCAUGAGUUCUUGUUGUGC